AUGCCCCGCGCAGUCCGAGGCCUUCUUAUCGAGUGUGACCCCUCGAUUAAAUCGAUGAUCCUCAAGUACGAUGAAGAGCGCCACGACUACAUUGUGGAGGACCUGGAUGAUGAGAAUCAUCUGGUCAUCAAGGAGAGUCAGCUGCAGAACCUAAAAGCCCGUCUGGACCAGGAUCUCGACGAGAAGAUCAUGCAGCUGGAGGAAUCCGAGUCUGAAUAG